CCUUUUGUAAGUCCCGAGGAGGUGGUAGCUCGACUGAUCCAGGUUGGGCUGUUUGACAAGGCUAUUGACACAGCCCGCUGCUUUGGACUACCUUUGGACUCCAUUUUUGAUGCACUUGCCUCGAGAUGUGUUCACUUGACCAACAGCUUGGUGGGCUUCAGGGAUGAAACAGACGAUGCCAGCAAUUGGAAUUGGCUGGAUGCAAAUGAAUCCAUAGACAUUCCAACACCAAUAGAGAGAUCCGUUGUGGAUAAAGCCUGGCUUAUGCUCAAGUCGUAUCUGAGGACAUAUGACCAUGUCCAUGGCCACAGGCUACAGAAGUGCGUUGCUAGGAAGCUACUGUCCCUCGGCUCUCAUCUGCCCCAGUGGCUUAUCCAGUCUUUCAAGGAGACAAAUCCAGCUGAGCUUCUGCAUCUGUAUUUGUCGUUUAAUCUACUGGAGGAAGCUGCAGUGUUUGCACUACAAUACAUAGAUGCUGUACUUGGACCUCGACGAGAAGAGUUUGCAAUGAAGGCUACACUCCAUUCAUCAUCUCCGAGUGUGUGGCUCCCUUACUCCUCUCUUGACCACUUGAGAGAGGCACUACAUAACGCAGAGUCAACCUCCCUGAUAGAGCUCUCGUCCCAGCUAACAGCUAAACUGGAGGCCUAUUUUAGGACUGCUACCAGUGUUACUGCAGACAUGGAGCACCAGGCCCGACAGACAAUGAUGGUCACCCACUAAAACACCACUGACUCCUUAUACAUAGUAUUUUCUUCUCAAUUUACAUCCUGAUAUUGUGUCAUAAUAAUCCUGCCAAAUGCCAGCUAACAAGACUGUUGAGACUGCACUGGUUUGGUCAGACGAGCUCUUUUACACCACUAGCUUCUAUCUAAAAUCACUCAGUAAAUUGAAGUUAUGCAAGUGUUAUA